UCUCUCAACACGCUCACCACAAACCGACGUACCCACAAACAUUCUCUCUCUCUCUUCUCCCAAUCAAAACGCAUCACCGACCCCACUUUGUAUAUUCUUUGAUUUGUAAGGUUCUUGUCUCCAAACUCCCUCGCAUCUUCCUUCUAAACCACUCUGUAUGUUCCUCUCAUCACCAAAUCGAAUCUCUCUGCUUUAUUUACUUCUUCCCCAGAAUUUUCCGAGCAAGUUUAUAACUUUUGGAUGAUAUCUUCAUCAUCCAUCAUUCAUCGAUUGAGUUAGAGGUACCCAAAUGACUCUGAUUUAUGUUAAAUUCAUUUGAGUUUCUAAUUAUGAUUUGAGGCACUAUUUGUUCACAGUUUGAGUAAUAAUGGUGCAAGUAUUUGUUAGAAUUAAGUAAUUAAUCAGUGCUGAUUCUCCAGAAUUGAAGUGUUUGUGUGUUCAUAUAUAAAUGGUAGUGUGAAUUUAGACUUGGAAUUUGGAUUUGAAUUUGAUUUUCUGGAAUCUGGAAAGCCAUGGCAAGAGGCAGAGAAGACUAUGAGAAGCACCCGGGUUUGCUCAAACUCUUGCAGAUUCUCUCAUUCUUGGUAGUUUUCGUUGUGGGGGUCGUUAUAGGAUUAGCAACGAGCGCCCAUAUUAACCGGCAUUUUGGUUCACAAACUGAGAUUUAUUCGUUUAUCAAUCACUUCUCCGCCAAUAAGCCGCACAAGGAGAAGAAUUGUACUGCUGUGCAAGUUAGUGACAAGGUUGAUUGUAGAAGCAUGGAGACGUUUCUUCAGCCGAAGAAUUUGACGCACGGUCUGUCUGAUGAUGAGCUCUUUUGGAGAGCUUCAAUGGUGCCGCAGAAGCCAGAGUUUCCAUUCGAGAGAGUGCCUAAAGUGGCUUUCAUGUUUUUGACUAGAGGACCUUUGCCCUUGUUGCCAUUGUGGGAGAGGUUCUUCCAUGGCCAUGACAAGUAUUUCUCAAUUUACGUCCAUGUAAUUCCGGGUUAUGAGCUCACUGUUUCUACCACCUCUCCUUUUUAUCAACGCCAAAUCCCCAGUCAGCCUGUUUCAUGGGGGACAGUAACAUUGGUUGAUGCAGAGAGGCGGCUUCUAGCGAAUGCCUUGCUUGACUUCUCAAAUGAGCGCUUUGUUCUUCUCUCUGAGAGCUGCAUCCCGAUCUAUAAUUUCCCUACUGUCUACAAGUAUCUCAUCGGUUCAAACCAUAGCUAUGUUGAGUCAUACGAUAAUCCUGGGCGUUAUGGGCGUGGGCGUUACAGCCGCGAAAUGUUUCCUGAUAUUCAACUGUAUCAGUGGAGGAAAGGGUCUCAGUGGUUUGAACUUAGCCGUGCGUUGUCCGUGUAUAUAGUGUCGGAAACAAGGUAUUACACAAUCUUCAGCAAAUAUUGUUUGCCUGCAUGCUACCCGGAUGAGCAUUACCUGCCUACUUACUUCAACAUGUUCCAUGGAUGGCUGAAUUCGAAUAGGACUGUGACGUGGGUAGACUGGUCACUGGGAGGUCCGCACCCUGCAACGUACGGAGGAGACAAUAUUACGGAAGAUUUCGUACGGUCUAUAAGGAACAAUGGAGCGCUGUGUCAGUACAAUGCGGAGAUGACAUCCAUAUGUUACCUAUUUGCUAGGAAGUUUGCACCAACUGCACUGGGGCCUCUGCUCGAGUUCGCCGCAUCGGUGAUGGAAUAUUGACAAUUUCCGAUCUUUUGAGCACAGAAUUUUGGUAUCAAUUUCUUCCCAAAUACGAAGAUGUAGAGGGAGGUAGUUUUGGAUAGAGAGACGUUAUUGAGUUGGUUCUCUGUGUCAUUGAGUUGAGAGAAUGAGUUGGUUCUUAAAAUAAAUCGUGGAAUCAGCAAAGUCCUUCGAAGAAGGAUACUCACCAAUAUAUUAUACAAAAGUUCAAUUUAGAGAAUUUCAAUGAAAAACUCUUGGUACUGUUUA